AUGGCAAAUCUCAUUCGUUUUUUCCUCGAUCGCCGUCAGGGAGAAGACGAGGACUUCGCCCAGGUCCGCCAGACGGUUAUCCAAAGGAUCAACGAGACGUACGAUCUAGUCGAAGACCGCGAUGGGAUGCAUAUUCAGAGUGACUCGCUGGAAGGCCUGCAGAUCAAAUGCGAAGAUUUGAAUCUUCAUCCUGAUGAAAGCCUUGAUGGGUCCCCCCAACCGGUGUUCUUCAAGCCGUGGCCGCUGGCUUCAUUCCCUAGACCGCAUCCUACCGAUGAAUAUACCAGUAAACAAGUCGAAAUUUACAAAGCCAAGAAAUACUGGGAUAUCGAUUCUCCUUUGCUCGCCUACCAAAUCAGUCAGGCGAACUAUCUGUCUUCCAUAAUCGGAAUCUUUUUCGAAGGGCUCCUUCGCGACGUGGGCAGACCCCAGUAUAAAUAUCCUCAAUGUCUCGAGACCAUGGCAUCCUGGAUACACAAAGACUUCACAUACAACAUCUUCGCGGAUGACUUCGACCCACCGCUGUGGACGUCCGUGGACUGGUAUCCCGGAGAGGCAUGGAAGUCGACCAAGAAUGUCCCCCAUAUCAUGUUCACUCUGAUCCUCGGAUAUGAGCCUACUGAAGACCUCUUCCAGGUAGAGGUGCUCUCCAUCCUCGCGGCAAUGAUCACACGACUCGAAGGCGAUGAAGAUCUGGCGCACAACACUAUCCCAAUUAUGGUCAUAUCGAUCAUGGCAGGAAUGAAAGCCAGGGUUCUUCAAGCCCACUACAACUAUCAAGGCCUUGUCAUUCGCAAGUCCCAGAUGAUAAGCUUCCCAACGGUCGAUGAAGCACUCCCGAACAUCGACCUAUUUCUGAGAUUCAUGGCGAGCGAGUGUGUUGGCGACACGAAGAACCCAGAUAUUCUCAUGAAGGUGAGCUCUAGAUUAUUCGAAAACAGUAACAUGAAUGGAAGGACCUACUAA